AUGCUGGUCAAAAGCAUCAAGGCCAAGGACCGCUGUCAGCACCUGACCGAAAUGUUUGAUAUACUGAGGAAAUAUGAAAUGAAGUUGAACCCGAGGAAAUGUGCUUUCGGGGUCAGUUCUGGAAGAUUCCUAGGUUACAUUGUAAACAACCGAAAAAUCGAGGCAAAUCCUGAAAAAAUACAAACUCUCAUCCAAAUGAAGCCUCCAACCAAACCCAGAGAGGUACAAAGUUUAAUCGGAAGGGUAUCCGCCCUCAGUCGGUUCGUCUCCAAGUCUACGGACCACUGCAAACCCUUCUUCGACACGUUACGAGGAGGAAAGAAGUUCGAAUGGACCAAAGAAUUCCAUGACACCUUUAACGAGUUAAAGAGACAAUUAGCCCGGUCUCUAUUGCUUUCAAAACCUAAGGCAGGCGAGACCCUAAAACUAUAUUUAUCUAUUUCAGAGCAUGCCAUUAGUGUCGUUCUAACCCAAGAAGAAAAUGGCAUUCAACACCCGGUUUAUUACGUAAGCAAAGCUCUUCACGAAGCUGAGCUCAGAUAUUCGCUUGUAGAGAAAUUGGCAUUCACCCUACUGACGGUAGGGCAAAAACUGAGGCCAUAUUUCUUGGAACACCCCAUUGAGGUCCUUACCAACUCUUCAUUGAGGCAAACGCUGCAAAGGCCCGACACCUCUGGCCAAGCACUCAUCGACUUUGUCUCUGAGUUCUACAACGUCCUAAUUGGGGAACAACAGAAUGAAACCCCUUGGAAACUUUAUGUCGACGGUUCAUCUACCGGAGAACGAUCUGGAGCCGGCGUCGUAUUAAUCAUCCCUGAUCAUCGUAUAUUCUAUAAAGCAUUGUCAUUUAACUUUAAAGCCUCAAAUAAUGAGGCUGAGUAUGAAGCUCUCAUUGCCGGAGCAAGGAUGGUCUCAGGGUUAGGGAUCUCCGACCUGAUCCUACACAGCGACUCCCAACUAGUCGUGAAUCAGGUCAACGGUGUAUAUAUGGCGAAAGAAGACAGGAUGGAAUUACCUACGAAGGCUAGAAAGCUCCGAAUAAGGUCGGUCAGGUAUACACUCAUUGAUAAUAUACAAUACAAAUGGGGAUAUUCUACACCCUUGUUAAGGUACUUGAACGAAGGAGAAGCUCAGCACGCCCUGCAGGACAUUCACGAAGGAAUAUGUGAAAACCAUUCCGGUAGACUCUCACUAGUCCACAAGAUCAUACAACAAGGAUACUUUUGGCCUGCAAUAAGACGUGAUUUCCUUGAAUUUGUCAAAAGAUGUGACAAGUGCCAGCGCUCGUCCCCAUCGUAA